AUGAACAUUUAAUUGGCAAAAAAAGUUGUUAAUUAAUGGAAAUUAUUUGUAGAAAAACGAAGAGAAGUUAGAAGCAUUCUUGUUACUUAAUACAAAUAAAGCUAUAUAAAAGUUCUUUAUUCAUAUAAGGAAUUUAAAAAAAAGCGAUUUUAGUAAUACAUAAUUUCUAAUGCAUCAUAACUAAUUUAUAAAGCAUUAAAAAUCAAUUUGUAAAGAGUCUAAAAUCUCAAGAAGUUUAUUGAACAUAAUAAAAUAAAGCGAUUUUAUAUUUUAAAACAAUAAGAUAGUAUUUUUCAGAAAAUUACUAAUUUAUAAUCUUAUAAUGCUAUAUUAAAAACUAUAAGACUUCCUAAAUACACAAAAUGUGAAUUUAAGAAUUUAAUACCUUUAGUUUUUAAAAGAAUGGGAAAAGCUGUUAUUUUAUAUAAUUUUCACUAUAUGAAAAAGUUCUAUGGGGAAACCACUAUUGAAAGAGAUAUGAUAAAAAAUGAAUUCCUCUAUUAUUUUACUAAUUAAGUGACUGUUAAACGUCCUUAAAAAUAAUACUAAUUAAGUUCUUCUGAAUAUGCGAGAUAUCAACAUGUACUUGAAAAAAUUGACAAAUUUCAAUCUGAAGAAUACUCUCUACUCAAAUAUGUAGACUUGAAAAAUAUAAAUGCAAUCAAAAAGAUAUAUAUCCAUAAUCGUAUGAAUAAGAGUUAAUAGUUAUAAAUAUAUUUUGAUUAUUAAUUAGAAGAAAUUGCAGCUGCCUGUAAAAUUUAAAAGUUUUUUAGAGGGAAACAAGAUCGAAAGAUAAAAGGAAAGCAAUAUCAUGUAAUAAUAAGAUUAAUCAAUUAAUCUCGAGCAAUCUCUGUUAUUUAGAAAUGGUUUCGAAGGAUAAGACAAUUUCAUAGAAAUAAUUUUUUUAAAGAUAUCUCUUUUUAUAUAUCUCAAAUUCCAACAGAACACUUAUAUUUGGAUAUAGAGAUAUAUAAAAAAAUAGAAAAUAUAUUUUAAAAUUAAUAAUAUACAAUAAAAUUUUUAGAGCAAUAUAAUACGGUAUAUAUUAUACUAAUUUUAGAUAGUUUCAGAUGAUGAAGCUGUUAGAUUGAUAUUCUAAUCAUAAAAGUAGGAAUAUUUAAUUCAAUCAACUUAUCAAAAAUCUAUUUCUUAAUUAAAUAAUAUUGUUAUUAAAGUUAUACCUUAAUGGUUGAUUAAUUAAAUUUCAAUGGUGCCAAUUCAAUAACAAAAGUUUAUUGAUUACAAAAUUAUCAAAUAAGAAAUUUCAGGUACAAAAUGGAGUUGUAGAAAUAGGUAAUAUUAAAAAAAGUAUUAUGAAUAAUUAAAUGAUUUGACUUUUUAAAAAUAAUGUGAUAUUUAUGGAUUACUUCAUUUAGGUGCAAAAAUCUCUUUUGAUCAUAUAUGUAAGAGAAAUUAUAUAAGAUUUACUUACAAAUCAACAAGUGAAGCUAGAUAUAGAGCUUUAGCUUUAGCUCUUAUAACUUAUAAAUUUAAAUAUAAUGUAUGCAUUUAAAUGUUAAAUGAUAAUUUAUGGGAAAGUACUUAUCAAAAAUAGGAGUUAUUUUUAUAAUUAUAUUAUUUAAAAAUUUAAAAAGCUUAUAAGAUUGAAUCAUAAGAAUUAUAAUCAUCUGAUUGUUUACACUCAAAUUAAAAUUGUUUAAUCUUAUGUUAAACUGAAUUUUAGGCCGAAUAAUAUAAAUUAAAAAAGAAUGAAAUUUAGUUAUCAUUUUAUAAUGAAACAAGUAGAAUAUCAUAAAGUUUUAUAUGGAUGUGUACUUAAUAAAUAAUAAAAAAAGUUCCAAUUAAAUUAUAAAAUUAAUAAUUAAGUUAAACCAAUACAAUUAAAUUAAGUUCAAUUUUAUAAAAUAGAAAUACCAUUGAGGAAGAACAAAAUUUUGAAUAAAGUAUGUAAAGUAAACUUUAUGUUUCAAAUUUUUCAAAUAAAAUAUCACCUAGAUCUCCAAAAUAAGAAGAAAGGAAUAAAUCACCAUAGUUACCUAAAUUUUCUAUUUUAUCUUUGGAUUAUCCAGAAGUUCAAUUUUAAGAACCAAAAUUUAAGAGAAGAACUGAGUAGAAUUAUAUAGAAUUUGCAAUCACAAGUAGAAUUAGAACCUAAAAUAAUCCAUUAAAUAAUUCUAAAUUUAAUAGUCCUUAUGAUAUUGAUGAGAAUAUUAAUUAAGUGAAUAAAAAGAAGAAUAAUUGUGAUCUCGAAAAUAUAAGUGAAAAUACAGAAUACUCUAUUUUAUAAAGAAAAUAUAAAGAAUUUAUUUUAAGUGAUAAUAAAACAAAAAUAGAAUCAACAAAAUCUUCAAAACCUAAUGAAAAAAUACUUUUAAGUGAUUUUACGAAAUGGAUAAAUAAAUAAGAAAAAAAAAUUAAUAAUAAUAAUAAUUAAGUUAAGAGAUAGAAAGCAAAAUCAAUAGAAAAAUAAACAAAAAAAGUUGUUACUUCAUCUUAGUUGACUUAAUCUGUUACUAGAAGAGAAGAAUAUAAGGAUUAUUCAUUAGCAUUUCCUAAAAUAGGACAAAAAGUUUAUAGGAAAUUUACUUUAGAAUCUAAAUAAUUACAUAAUCAAAAAUAAUAUGGUUUUCUUGAAGAUCAAUAUGUUAUGGCCAAAGAUACUAUAAAAUUUUGA